CGAGGCCCCUCCCUGCUUCUCUCUCCAUCUCCCAGCAAGCUCAGAGGGGCGGGGAGUGAGAGCUAGAGGAGGAGGAGAACUCGGGCAGCUCUGCAGAGGGGGGCAGGAGCUCCGGUGUUUGGUACCCCCAGCCCCACCGCUGUGGCCGCUGCUGCAGCGGGGACACAGGUGAGGACGGCCCUAUGGGGAGGGGGAGGGGGCCACUAACAGCGCUGUCCUUGUCCUUCCCUGGUCCAGCCCCCACGCCCUAGCCCAUCCUGGGACAGUCCCCAGGGGUCCUGCUGGACCUUGUCCUUCCAGAGCCUCCUUCCAGGGACCCAGCCCCCUCCCCCUGCCUGUGCUGCCUUCUCCUCUCCCAGGCCUGGCUGUGGCUGUGGCUGUUUCUCCUCUUCCUUCUCUUCCUGCUGCCGCUGCUGCUACUGCCGCUGCCCAGCACACACCGCCAGCCCCUCGGGGUGUGGUUUCCCCAGACCAGCCCCCAACGGUGGGACGCAGACUUAUCCUGGCCUCCCCCAUCAGACUCCUGCAAGGCCCAGCAGCACCCCCUCCCUGGAGACACACCCAACUCCUUUUCAACACCCCACCUUGCUAUCCAACCUAUUUUGGGGGGGACCCCCUCCUCCUGUUAUCUUAGUCUUUUUCAGUCCUCUGGGUGCUCUGUGGCUGUGCCCAACUUCCUUCCAAUUGAGCCCCAGCCCUGUGGGAUUCCCCAGGCUCCUUUCCUCCCACUGGAACUCUUGAGAGGAUAGAGCAGGCUUUCUCAGCCCCCCUAGACACCCCUCUCCCCAGACACCUCUCAGCCUCUGAAAAAUAACCCAGCCCCACAUCUACCCAUUUAGAUACCCCACUCCCUUCUCCAGCCCCACUAGGCCACCCCCCUUCCCCAGAACUCCUGUAGAGUGUAGACAGCACCCCCCCAGGUUAUUCCUCGCAGCUCUAGGCACUCCCAAGACACCUUUCAGCCUCUUUACAACCUCCUGGCUCUAUAGCCACCCCUUAGCAUGCACCGACCCCUUUCCUAGAUCCACCAGGGGGUUCCAACCCCCUUAUCUUUUCCCCAGAAGUCUUGAGGGUGUAGACAACCCUCCUCACCUUUCUCAGACCCUCUUGAACCCCCUCCAGACACUCUCAGCCUCUUUCAAACCCCUUUGGUCCCAUUUCACCCGUCUGAAUGCCCCAAUCCCCUCCCCAACCCCGCUAAAUGGUCCAGUCCCUUCUUCCUUCCGUCAGAACUCUUGAGAGUGUGGACAACUCCCCAGUGUUUCUUGCCCGCCCCCCAGACCUCCCCAGCCAUCUCUCAGGCACAUGCCGACCCCUCUAGAAUCAUCUCAGUCGCUCUAAAUACUCCCUCAGAUCCUUCUUGGCCCCUCUAGACGCCCCUUUUCAGUUAGGCAAGACAUCCCCCAGGUCCCUCCAAGACCCUCUAAAUGCCCCCCAAGCCCCUGCUCUUCUCUCUAGUUCCUCCUCCUGGUUCACCUUGGCCUCUCUAGACGUCCCCAGUUUCCUUGUGCGAGUGGCCCAGGGCCUCUCCAACCCCCACCAUCCUGGAGACAGCCACAUUUUCCUAAAGGCCACCGUCCCCCAAGUCUCCGAGAGCCUGGGGCUCGGCAGGAUGGCGGCAGGUGUGGCCACGUGGCUGCCUUUUGCACGGGCGGCCGCAGUGGGCUGGCUGCCGCUGGCCCAGCAGCCCCUGCCGCCAGCGCCAGGGGUGAAGGCAUCUCGAGGGGAUGAGGUUCUGGUGGUGAACGUGAGCGGGCGACGCUUUGAGACCUGGAAGAACACUCUGGACCGCUACCCCGACACCUUACUGGGCAGUUCAGAGAAGGAAUUCUUCUUUGACGCGGACUCGGGCGAGUACUUCUUCGACCGCGACCCGGACAUGUUCCGGCACGUCCUGAACUUCUACCGCACGGGCAGGCUGCACUGCCCGCGGCAGGAGUGCAUCCAGGCCUUCGACGAGGAGCUGGCUUUCUACGGCCUGGUACCGGAGCUCGUCGGAGACUGCUGUCUCGAGGAGUACCGGGACCGCAAGAAGGAGAACGCCGAGCGCCUGGCGGAGGACGAGGAGGCCGAGCAGGGCGGAGACGGCCCCACCUUGCCGGCCGGCAGGUCCCUGCGCCAGCGGCUCUGGCGGGCCUUCGAGAACCCCCACACUAGCACCGCGGCCCUCGUUUUCUACUAUGUGACCGGCUUUUUCAUAGCUGUGUCGGUCAUCGCCAACGUGGUCGAGACCAUCCCGUGCCGCGGCCCCACGCGGCGGCCCCCGCGGGAGCAGCCCUGUGGUGACCGCUUCCCCCUGGCCUUCUUCUGCAUGGACACGGCCUGUGUACUCAUCUUCACGGGCGAAUACCUCCUGCGGCUGUUCGCUGCCCCCAGCCGUUGCCGCUUCUUGCGGAGUGUAAUGAGCCUUAUCGACGUGGUGGCCAUCCUGCCCUACUACAUUGGGCUUUUCGUGCCCAAGAACGAGGAUGUCUCGGGCGCCUUCGUCACCCUGCGUGUGUUCCGGGUGUUCCGCAUCUUCAAGUUCUCCAGGCACUCACAGGGCUUGCGGAUUCUGGGCUACACACUCAAGAGCUGUGCCUCUGAGCUGGGCUUUCUCCUCUUUUCCCUUACCAUGGCCAUCAUCAUCUUCGCCACUGUCAUGUUUUAUGCCGAGAAGGGCACAAACAAGACCAACUUUACUAGCAUCCCUGCGGCCUUCUGGUAUACCAUUGUCACCAUGACUACACUUGGCUAUGGAGACAUGGUGCCCAGCACCAUCGCUGGCAAGAUUUUCGGAUCCAUCUGCUCACUCAGUGGCGUCUUGGUCAUUGCCCUGCCUGUGCCAGUCAUUGUGUCCAACUUUAGCCGCAUCUACCACCAGAACCAGCGUGCUGACAAGCGCCGAGCACAGCAGAAGGUGCGCUUAGCAAGGAUCCGGUUGGCAAAGAGUGGUACCACCAAUGCCUUCCUGCAGUACAAGCAGAACGGGGGCCUUGAGGACAGUGGCAGUGGGGAGGAACAGGCACUGUGUGUCAGGAACCGUUCUGCUUUCGAGCAGCAACAUCACCACUUGCUGCAUUGUCUAGAGAAGACGACGUGCCAUGAGUUCACAGAUGAGCUAACCUUCAGUGAGACUCUGGGGGCUGUCUCACUGGGUGGCCACACCAGCCGCAGCACUUCUGUGUCCUCCCAGCCAGUGGGGCCUGGCAGCCUGCUGUCCUCUUGCUGCCCCCGCAGGGCCAAGCGCCGUGCCAUCCGCCUUGCCAACUCCACUGCCUCGGUCAGCCGUGGCAGCAUGCAAGAGCUGGACACACUGGCAGGGCUGCGGAGGAGCCCUGCCCCUCAGAGCCGCUCAAGCCUCAAUGCCAAGCCCCAUGACAGCCUUGACCUGAACUGUGAAAGCCAGGACUUCGUGGCUGCCAUCAUCAGUAUCCCUACCCCUCCUGCCAACACCCCAGAUGAGAGCCAACCUUCCUCCCCUGGUGGUGGCGGUGGGGCCAGCAGCACCCUCAGGAACUCCAGCCUGGGUACCCCUUGCCUCCUCCCUGAGACUGUCAAGAUCUCUUCCCUGUGAGGGGCGGCCUCGCCCAUCCAGAGGGCCCUCUUGAUUCUUGGGGACUCCUUUCCAAAGCCAUAUUUUGGAGAGGCAGAGAGGGGCAGGCCUGGGGACCCCUUCUGCCCCGCACUGAGAACUAUGCAAUGGAGUUUCAUGGAAUGGCCUACCUAGUGGGGAAGUAGCCAGGGAAUGGGAAACUUCCCCCAGCCCAGACAGUUUUCCUGGUGGGUGCUGAAGAGCUGGGCUUCCUCGCGCCCCUGGCCUCCUUGCCCCAGCACACUGGGACUGGCCCCUCUCCCUGAGCUGGCCUCCUGCAUGCUCCUCCCCUCGGGCCGUUGGGCUCCCACCUGACAUCUGAGCUCCGGCAUAAGAAGGAGAGAUGAGGCUUCCUCUUCUCUCUGGCCGGGCUGUGGAGGUUUGGAGGUUCAGAGAAAAGAACUCUCACCUCUGAUCUGGCCUUUAGGAGAGGUCCCCACCCUCCACCAGGCCCAAUAACUCCCAGAUUCUGAAGCUUGGAAUGCAACCACAGGCUUCAUGAGCUGUGCCUCAGCAGUGACCUGCCACCCCCAGACCUUGGCUCAGGGGUCAGGCUGCCUCUCCCAACACACACAGAUAGCACAAACACCACCCGCCUUCCCUGGCUGCUGGAAAUGGGUCCCCACAACCCCAUCCUCUGCUGGGCCCCCAGCCAACUCUAGCAAUAGCAGUUGCUGCCAUGACAUUAUGCAAAGCCUUUGCCCAGUUUGCUGCAGCAUUUACAUCUGCCCUAAUCAGAGGGGUCACCUCUAACUACUCCUCCUUCUCUCUUCUCUGGUUUGCUCCCUUCCUGGGUUGGGCUGGAGUCUGGACUGGCUGAGAUAAGACCUGGCAGCUAGCAAGAGCAGGGCUGUGUUUGGAGAUCACGGGCUAAUUCCAUGUUCUUGGGCAGGAGUCCAGAAGCAUCAGGGCUGGGGCCUGGGUUGUUCCUGAACUCUGGGAGUUGUAGGAGGCAGGAGGAACUUAUUGAUCUCCUCCUCCUCCUCCUCCUCCCACAAUGCUUUUUCACAUAUUCCUCUUUCUUCUCCCUCUUGGGUCACCUUCCAGAACUCUGUGUCUGCUCUCAGGCUGAAAUCUGGCAUCAUCUCAGGUUCCCUGUCCCCAGCACUGUCCCUGUGGAGUUGGAGGCUGACAAAGAUGUAGUUUCCAUCAGUCAAUAAAAUCUGAGAGGAGAGAUGA